UGUAGUAUGUGUCCUAGUACAUGUCGUAUCCUGUAGUAUGUGGCCUAGUACAUGUCGUAUCCUGUAGUAUGUGGCCUAGUACAUGUCGUAUCCUGUAGUAUGUGGCCUAGUACAUGUCGUAUACUGUAGUAUGUGUCCUAUUACAUGUCAAACAGUACAGAGAAUGUUAAUAUUUUGUUUCUUAUAUUUUCACAUUUUAGUUGACGAGGUGAAAAACCGAUGGCGGAGCUGCAGAGACCAGUUCCGAAAGGAAAUGGUACAUAGCCGCAGUGGGUCUGGCCUCUCAAAGAAGCGGCCAUAUAUGUAUAAGGAGCAGCUUAUGUUUCUGCGUGCCAUCAUGGAUUUGCGUCCAACGGAGGACAACCUUGAGGAGGACGUGGAGGAGCCUUUUGAGCAGCGCUCCAGUGCCUGUGAGGCAGAAGGGCCAUCCUUGCAACCUCCUACUGAUGUGGAAGAAGGGAGAACAUCCAGUGCAUCACAAGUGACUGCUCCCCCUCCUGUGGAAGUUGAGGCAGCAUUGGCAGGCCACACACGCCGAAAGAGACCAGCCCAGCCUGUGGACACCUCUGUCAACCUGCAGGUGCUUGAGUACCUCAAUCGUGCUCGCCAUGAGGACAAUUUUGACCUGUAUGCAAGGAGUCUGGCCACCCACUUUCGAAAUCUGCCUGUAGAACGAUACUUUCAGAUCCAAUCUGUAAUUAGUAUUGCUCUGGAGGCAGCCACUCCUCCUAAUGAUCCUUCGGAUCUUUUUUAGGGCCUGUGAGUACUGGCGGUUAUAUGGCAACACCAGUGGGCCUGUGCCAAGGCCACCUCCGCAAAUAUACCCACAGCCAUCCCAAUACCCUCCACAAGGGCAACACUAUGGCCCCCCACCUCAGCAUUAUGGGCCUACAUACAGUGGAGAGGCCGCUUACCGGCAACCGGGCCCCUCAUCUUCCCAGAGUAUGCCAGCGCCACAGCCAGGUCCCUCCUCACGUGCCACUUACCAUGGCCCACAGUAUGAGGCAGGCACAUCCUCGCCCACACGUUUUGUUCAGUUAUAAUUUGUUUUUGUGUAUUUUAUUUAGUUAUGUUGGCCAGG